CUCACAGUUUUUUUGUUUUUUUUUUUCUAUUUGCGUUUAGUCUUCAUCUUCUCUCCCUGCCGUAGGGAACAGUUUCCAGUUUUAUUUUACUUCAGUUUUGAGUCUGAUCGACCUCAACAUGCAACACGUACCUCUUUACUCUCGGGGUCUCCUUGGAGCCGGCAUUUAGCGUUGUGUGACGACCCCGAAGAGUCUCCACUAGCCCCUCCCUUGAAAGAAGCCAACUGCGUCAGCCUCGAUCUCAAACAGGUAAUGGCGUGGGUAUCCUUCCUCUCAAGUUUCGACACAGAGGACACAGAGUGUUUUAGCGACUUGAGACGACGUGAGCUUGAACAUCCGGUCACAAACAUGCUGUAAAGGUGUGAAGACCAAGUGUAUUCCAUCUAUGGACAAACCUACCCAACCCUCAACAAGUAAUUCCAACAAUCGCAGUCAAGGUCAUCAUUUGCAUAAUGCUAACACUGCCGCGACCUCAGGGCAUCAGAGUAAGAAGGGCUCGGGAAAAGUCCACUACUACCAGUGUGCUAACUGUGAAAAGGCCUUUCUGUACAAAUCAAAACUGCUUCUUCACGAGAUAACCCACAGUGGAGAAAGGCCUUUUAAGUGUGCAAGUUGUGACAAGACGUACAAAAGGGAGUCGGAGCUUGUGGUUCAUCAGCGGGUUCACACCGGAGAGCGACCCUUUCGUUGCAGAAAAUGCGAGAAGGCGUUCAAAACAAAAUCAGAGCUUGUGGUGCAUGAUAGGUUUCACACUGGUGAAAGGCCUUACAAAUGUCUCCAUUGUGAAAAAUCCUUCAGAACAGCUUCCGAGCUUGGUUUACACAACAAGGUCACUUCAGGUGAAAGGUCUUUCAGAUGUGCCAAAUGUGACAGGGGUUUCUUUCGGCAGGCCGAUCUCACCAUUCAUGAACGAAAUCAUUGCGGAGAGAAGCCCUACAAAUGCAACCAUUGUGAAAGAAGCUUCAGGACUGAAGCCGAACAAGCAAAACACGAGAAGAAUCACAGCAUCGUCAAGCUUGUUAAAUGUACAGUCUGUGACAAGUCAUUUAAAUCAAAAGACCACCUUGAAGCCCACGCAAAAACUCACGUCGUCGAGAAGCGUUUCGAUUGUUCGACAUGUUCACUGUCCUUUGGCACAUCAGCCGAGCUCUCGGCUCACAACGACACUCACGCUGGGAAAAGGCUUUACAAGUGUUCUCAGUGUGAUAAAUCUUUUGCUUUCAAGUCCAAACUCUUUCAGCACUGGGUGAUUCACACCGGGGAGAGACCUUUUAAAUGCGUCCAGUGCAAUAAGUCUUACGGAAGGAAGUCAGAACUCGUAGUGCAUCAAAGAAUACAUACAGGUGAAAAACCUUUCAAGUGUACUAGCUGUGAAAAGUGCUUCAAAACAACAUCAGAACUGGUCGUGCACUGCAGAACUCACACUGGUGAAAAGCCGUACAAGUGCACCUAUUGUGAGAAGCAAUUCAAGACUGCAUCUGAGCUUGGCGUCCACAGAAGAAGCCACAUCGGCGACAAGCCAUUUUCCUGCACUCGAUGUGAAAUGUCGUUCAAGCGAAUGGCUGAUCUUAACACUCACAAAAGAUUUCAUUUGAUCGAUUUGCCAUUCACUUGCCAACUUUGUGUCAUGGCGUUUGGAACCGCCUCAGAACUUGCCAUCCACGAGCAAUUGCACAGUUCCAUUCUGCAAAACAGCUUGAAUCAGAAUGGAGGGGUACAAGGUUCAGAAGUUGGACUAGCGUCUCAGACUAACGGACAGCCUUCUGUGCAAGGGCUCAUUUCCGAUCAAAUGUUGAAUUUUGGCCAAGGACUCAAGAUGGCGCAGCUCUCUGUAGCUGACAACAAGGCGGAUGCUUCUGAAGACCGUAAACAUGUCCGAGCCAAUGGAAAACUGCACAAUGGCGAGCCAGAUCUUGACAUGAACAAGCUCAUGAAAAUUGUGAACAAACCAUUCAAAUGCAGCCAGUGCGGCAAAGCUUUUGUUUCCACCACCGAGUUGGCCGGGCACGUAAGAAUUCACACUGGUCAAAGACCAUUCAAGUGCAGUCAGUGCGACAAUUGCUACAGGACGCAGUCAACACUUUCCGUCCACAUGAAGAGCCAUGAGAAGGAAAAGCGCUACAAAUGUACCUACUGUGAGGUGACGUGCCCAACGCUCUCCAAACUGUACGAUCAUUACAUGCUUCAUCAAUCGGAGAAGCCUCCUGAAGGUUCACAACCAAAUAACCACUGCGCUCAAGAACGGGUGAUCCGCAUAGACGAUGACGAUAUUCUACCAUUUAGAUGUUGGGUCUGCCAAAAACGUUUCAGUGAUCAGUCGGCUUUAGAUCAUCACAUUAGUUUACAUCGAGACAGGAGUAGUACCCUUGAAUCGUGUGUUAAGAAGUUGAAAAGCUCCAUUGCAGAAAAAUGACGAGGAGAUAAUGACGUUCCCAGAGUAUAGUGGUCACCAAAGUCGCAAAGCGCACAAUAGAGCACUGGAAAACUUUUCAAGUGCAUGAUUGUGUUCUUUUGGUAGACACGAGACUACUGAGCUGGCAAUUGAAUCCUUUGUCCAAAAUGAGACAAAAGCAGGUUUGUUUAGUUGUAGAUGAUGAAUUGCUUUGAAUUUCGUCUUGACUGCGAGCAGGCUCUUUAAAAACAAUUAUUCCACGGGCGCGUUGGAUAUGAGAUGAUAGAUAGUCAACGAGGCGCGUAGUUGGCUAUAAUCAGCUCAUAUCCAACCAGCGCGAGUGAAGUAGUCGUUUUAUUAAAAACGCCCCCAAAAUAAAGAAAACUAAAAAUUACGACCCAAAAAUUACGCGUACGCUUACCAUAUUUGUAGAGCAUGGUAUAAUGGCUCACAUAACAUGAUGGCUAAGCCAAUGAAAAUUCUUGAAUUGGAUUAUCCAAUGGUCUAGUUUGUAAUAAGUCUUAUUAUCUAUAGUAUUUCUUGAGAGUGUAGCGACGACUGUUGGUCAAAUAUUGCGAACGUUACUCGCGCGCGGUGGAUCUGAGCCUGGAAAAAGUUGAGAGACUUCUCGUAACCUAAAUUACGUCAGUGAAUUUCAAGUCUUGUGACAUAACAAAAUGCGGUAGAUAUUUUUUUACAUGGCAGUGAAAUCUUGUGGAUGUACAAAUCGGUAAUAUUAUGAUUGCUUGAUUUACAAUUAUGUUAUUAUUAUCUUUUUUGACGGGAAACAACAGCAAGUUACGGCUGCUGAAGAUUGGUCCUGUUAAUCCUGUCAUUUACUUUUUGGCAAUUUUUUUUGUGACAAAAGACGAAUAGCAGAUAGACAAAACAUAUUAUAGGCUCGAUUACCAGCCGCUGUUCAGGAAAGGAGACCGGACACGAGAGAGCGGCGGAAAUCGAGCCUAAACAUAUUAUGGAUAACAAAAAAGAAGGACCUUGACCUUAAGGGUGUCGGAGUGUGUACGAGUGUGUACGAGUGUGUACGCCUUUCUCUGUAGCUCUUCCAGCGAAGGCAAUGUAAGGAAAUUAACAAAAAUUGAAUAUCGAUUUCCAGCAAUUUGGAAAUUUUAUAUGCUUACCUCAAUUCUGUUUAGAAUGUAAGAAGCUUCGCCGCAAUAUUUCCGAAGCGCGACAGGUACACCAUAGUUAGCAUAGUAACUAUGGUUACACUAAGUACUACGGUAGUUUAGUUUCUAUGAAAAAUGCUGCUUUAAGUUUUAAGUGGCUCUUUCUACCUACAUGUAAUAGUGUUGCAGCGAAAAACGUCUUGAUAAAUUGUAUUGCUAGUAUUAUAUUGUUUAUAAGAAUUAACGGUGCUUCUAUUAAACAAUUAGAUUAUGAGCUGGAGAUUUCAACUAUCGCGUGAUAGUUGACAAGGGCAC